AUGGCGACCAUAACUAGACUACCUCCACCAGAACAACCUGUUUUAUCACCGACAUCAACAUCAGGCGCGAAUGGAGAUGACGCUGCCUUUGUCGAAAUUACUGACCCGCAAUCUGGAAAAGUAUUCUUUGCCAACGUACUCACUGGUGACUGUACCUGGGAUCGCCCUCUUGGCAAAAUCAAGCCAAAGGAUCCAUCUGGAAAUGAGUGGUGGGAGUUAUACGAUGAGAAUCACAAGUUGCCCUACUACUAUAAUACCAAGACGAAACAGACCGAGUGGGUCAAGCCAACAGAAGGCACAAUCCUCCCACUGAUUGCCAUACAGAAUUCCGCGAUUGGAAAACAAGUAUCUGGUUCCUUUAACAGGCCAGCAUCAGCACAGAGUACCACUAGCAGCACCAUGUCCAUGGCUCCUACAGACAGAGAUGCUCCCAGUUCGGCUGCCUUUGGCGACGGCAUUUACACACCACGAGGGGGUCCAUCAAAGACUGGAACACUUCGACCACUAGACGUUCCAACUUUACCUGCCUUGAGAACAGGUGACGCAGCACAAAAGGCUAAAACGUUGGGUAUUAGUGAUCCAACUGCUAAUCCUGAUGCACAAGCACGAAUGGCAGUCCCACAAUUUAGCGCUCCAUCUCCUACCAUACUAUCCCCUCCAAGCACAACCGGCUCGUACUCCACCGCUCACGAAAUCAUUACACCAUUCACUCCCACAUUCCCUGUCGCAUCUUCAUCUGCAGCCAGCUCGGCACCUCCCAGCGCCUAUCCUUCAUCGUCAAACGCCAGUGUCCCUCAAACACCAUCCAACAAUGGUCCACCACCAGGAUUUGCUAAACUCCCCCACGAUUUAAAAGCCCACAUUAAUCAAUUCAAGAUUGAAGGGUUUGCUCAAAAAUACUUUUCGGAACAUCGUCGUGGUCUAUUCCGUCGGAAAGUACCAAUGACGAGAAUGCUGAAGUACCAGAAAGAUCCAAUUAGAGCACCACUCAUGGUUUUAAAUAAGAACUUUCACAAGGACUCGCUCAAAACUUUUAGAUAUAUUCAAAAGAUUAUGACACCAGGUCCUCAGAAUCCAUUGACAGAGAUACAAGCAGUGUUGGAUCGGGGUAUUAUGAUUGGCGGUUUACGUGAUGAGAUAUAUGUACAGAUUUGCAAGCAAAUGACAGAUAAUCCAAGCAUUGACUCGGUCAUCAAGGGCUGGAUGUUACUAUGUGCUAUAACAAUUGCCUUCCCUCCUUCAAAGAACUUUGAAGACUACAUGAAGAGUUUCAUUGAAGGAAACAUUGGCCACAAAAAUGAACGUAUAGAUCUACUAGCCAAACACUGUCAAAAGAAAUACCUCCGAAUUUGUAAAACGGGUCCUCGUGGUAAAACACCCACCAUAACAGAAAUUGAACGUGCUCAGGAAGCACCAUUCGUAAAAGCACUAUUCGGUGAAACACUGGAUGAAAUCAUGAGAACACAAGAAGAGCAAUUCCCUGAUUUGCCUAUACCACGAGUACUACCAUUUUUGGCUGAUGCUAUCUUGAGCAUGAAUGGAUGCAAGACGGAGGGUAUCUUCCGCGUUCCUGGUGACGCUGAUGCUGUAACGGACCUUAAAUGUCGUUUGGAAAAGGGGAACUAUGAUGUUUCUGGUAUCACCGAUGCCAAUGUACCUGGCUCAUUGCUCAAAUUCUGGCUACGUGAUUUAGCAGAUCCUCUAAUACCUUCUGAAUACUAUGCCGCAUGUGUUGAGGUUGGUGCUGAUGAAAACAAGGCAGAUGCUGGUGCACGAGCUGUUGCUAUUGCAGACUCGCUACCAGAAUAUAACCGUCGUGUUGUGUAUUAUGUUAUUCGGUUCUUACGGGUUAUCGCUGAACCACAAAACCACGCUAUUACGAAAAUGACACAUCAGAAUAUUGCUAUGGUGUUUGCACCCAACUUUUUACGUUGUCCAAGUGAGGACCCAACUGUGAUUUUCAACUCUACCAAAUACGAGCAAGGAUACUUACGAGUGUUGCUUACUGUCCCAAACCUUCCAACACAUUAA